UGAGCUCUGCUGUGUUCACCGCGUUAAAGACACGUUAACGGGCCGGUUCUGUGUUUGUUCGGAGAGUCAGAACUGGGCCCUGGGUAACCGGGAGACACCGGGAGACACCGGCUCUGUUAUGAUGCUAACGCUAACUGAAGCCGGCUCAGUGUUAGCAUGCUAGCUUACUAACCAGCAGGACCAAAGAGACAAAGCUAACGAGGCUAACUGUUAGCUGGUGCAGAGGUCAUGUUCCCACAUAAUGAACCCGUUCCACAAACGCCUCAAAUUCAGCCCAACUAAACCCUGCCCUGCAGCCGGGCCGCAGCACUCCAGUCCCCACGCCUUCGCCCAUGAUGCUAUGUUACAACCUUCUCCAGCUCCUACAGGGGACGGAGCCAGGAAUGAGGACGAGGGGGAGGAGUACCUGCUGGUGGAGGAAGACACCACAGACUCUAGCCUCAUCAUCACCAUGGAGGACAGUCAGGUAGAGGUUAGGUCGGGCAGGAGGAGGUCAGGAAGGAGGAGGAAGAGGAAACUGAUAGAGGAUGAAGAUCCCGAAGUGGGCGGGGCUUCAGAGAGUGAGGAGGAGGCGGAGUCAAGUGUUGAUCUUGAGAUUGGCAGACAGCUGGACCAAUCACUGGAGACUAAAUCCAAACAGCACAACCUGACCACGGUGAACGUCAGAAACAUAAUCCACGAAGUGAUAACUAACGAACACGUAGUGGCCAUGAUGAAAGCUGCCAUCAACGAGACUGAAUCCAUCCCUCCGUUUGAGCCAAAAAUGACCCGAUCCAAGUUUAAAGAAGUGGUGGAGAGAGGAGUGGUGAUUCCAGCCUGGAACAUUUCACCAAUCAAGAAGAGCAGUGAUGUCAAGAAGGCUCCUCAGUUCGUGGACAUCCCUCUGGCUGACGAGGACUCCUCUGAUGAAGAGUACCGACCUGAUGAGGACGAAGAGGACGAUACCACCGAAGACACGUUCCAGGAGAGCGACAUGGAGAGCACGGCGUCCUCCCCCAGAGGGAGUCGUCUGAGUAGGGGGGAGGAGGACAGCUGCAGCCCCUGGCAGACCUUUCGUAGCCGCUCAAGGCGUCUGAGGGCGGUGUCUGUCUCUAUGGGGCCGCCACCUCCACCUAAAGCCCCACCCCCUAAAGCAGCGACUGACAGCAGCUUCCUGGAGAAGCUCCAUGCAGUGGAAGAGGAGCUGGCUGUGUGCAUGGAGCCCUACCAGCCUUUGUCUGAGUCCGAGGAGGAGGUGGGGCUGAUGGCGUACAGGACUCGCUCUAAACGUCCUCUACGGGACAUCCCACUGGGUCAGCUGGAGGCGGAGCUACGAGCUCCUGACAUAACACCUGACAUGUAUGACUCAAGCUCCACCCAUGAGGAUAGGGAGUGGACCGAUUGGCUGAGAGGACUGAUGAUCUCAGACAUAGACAAUGAAGACGAGUGUGAUGAUGAAGAUGAUCCUGAGUAUAACUUCCUGGCUGACAUCGAUGAACCUGACCAGGAGGAUUACCGUGACGAUAAGGCUGUCCGCAUCACCAAGAAGGAGGUGAACGAGCUGAUGGAGGAGUUGUUCGAAACUCUUAAAGAAGACCUCACAGGACAGGAAGUUGACGAGGAAGAGGAGGAGCCACUGGAUGAUACACACACUGUUCAGACACAUGCAAAUGAGGAUCAGCAUAACACCAGAGGGGGCGGCGACGACCACGAGGACAGCCUAAUAACAAAGCCACGUACAGUGAAGCAGCAGCUGGAGCAGAUCAGGAAGAGACGUCAGCUCGCUCUUCCCACACACACACCCUGUGACACACACACACCCUGUGACGCACACACACCCUGUAACGCACACACACCCUGUAACACACACACGCCCUGUGCAGAGCCGUACACACUGAAGCUGGACACUCGUCAAAGGAGCAGACUGCAGCAGCAGCUCCAGCAGCAUGUCCAGCUGCUCACUCAGAUACACCUGCUGAGCUCACCUGUGGCUGAACUGCACAGCGAGGCUGAGACCACCAGACAGUUCCUGUUUGAGUUGAACUUGCUCGCUCAGAGGGCGGAGCUUCUCGCGUCUUCCUCUCGUCCUGGUUUCUGCAGCGCCUUCAGAGCCUCCAACCUACAGGGGGCGCUGCAGCUUCUGGAGGAGCUGAAACAGAUGCCCAUCAGCUACCAGCUGCAGCCCCGCCCACCUGACGCCCGCGGAUACAUGCGUAGUUUCCCCGUCAUGCCGGCUGAGCUGGCCUGGCUUUUCGCUACUCGCCCGGUGUUCCUCUACCCUGAGCUGCUGCCCUGUGCCAGCCUAGACCCUGCUCUCUACUGCCCCCGCAGGACAUCUGCCUUUACUGCAGCCGAGGACUGCCUGUUGGUCCUGGGUCUCAGGAACAUGGAGGGGUCAUGUGAUCCCACCAAGUUGGUGUCUCAGUUCCUGCUGAGGAAGAGUCUGGUCCAGGUCCGACGAAGGAUCCUGCAGUGCUGCAGACCUGGUCACCCUGACAACAUCGUCAAGGCCUUCAGGUAUCAGAGGGUGGUGUGGCCCAUGCUGGUGGCAUGUCGGGGUGUAGUUGGAACAGAGCUGCGCCCCCCUGUGGAGAGAGAGGAGAGUGUGCUGCCUUUGUGGCUGCAGAGGAGUCUUCCUGUCAUCUACCCAACCAUCAAGAUAUAUAACAGCCCCACCGGCUCCACCCCUGAGGCCCCGCCCCCCUGCAGGUCAACUGCUGCCCGUCACAGUCACCUGACCUUCCUUCGCUCCUCCUCUCACUCUAAUAACUUCCCCCCCGGGACCAAGUAUCCCACCCGACUCCCAAAAAACCUGGACUUCAGACGUGUGGGCUUCCUGCAGGUGAAUCAGACCCUCCCCCAUCCUCCUUCUGACUCCUCACAACUCCCCCUAAAUCCUCCCAAAGCUCUCCUCCAGCGCCCCCUCCCGUCUCACUGUGACCCUCAUGCUGAGAUCAUCAACACCACAGCUGUCUCAAUGCCGACCAGAGAGCGAAUCAGUUGCCACAAUCAGACCCUAACCAGUCUGAGGAGAAGGGGGAGGAGCUCUAAAGAUGCUGUUAUCCCGCCUUCUUCAGAAUGCCCUGCCCCCUCCAUGGAGGAGAUACAGGAACGUGAUGAUGUCAUCAGGACAAACGAGGAGGAAUUGGAGGAGGAGAGUGAGGUCGUCCUGGCUUUGUCUGAAUCAUCACCCAGCUCAGCAGGAAGUGUCACCCCCGACAACGUACGUGAUGGCCCAGUGGAGGCAGAUUUAGAGUAUGAACAGGAAGUCACAUCAACGCCGUCCAGAGCAGCAGAAGAAGUUGAGACAGAGCAGCUGGUGUGUGACGCAGUGCAGGUGUGUCCAGGUGUCUCUGAACAGCUGCUGCAGGUGUUGGAUCAGUUCUCUUCAGAGGGGCCCCUGGGGGCCUCUGGGGCUCCUGAACUCCUGUUUGACUCUCUGAGCCGCCUGCUGCGGCCCUGGCCUCAGCUGCUCCAAGAGCUCGCUGCCUUCCUGAGCCAGGGACAGGCCGACUGCUGUAACCUGCAAACCGAGCUGAAGCUGUUUGAACGCAGUCGUUGGUUUCUGCAGAGACUUGGGCGGAGCCUGGGAGAAGACUCCUCCCUCUACCAGCAGGUGGUGUCAGUGCUGCAAGGCAGCCCCGCCCCCAUGCCUGAGGACGUUGACAAGGUAGAUUAUAUCUCCUCUUUCCUCAAACGCCACCCCAACCUGCACAAGGAAUUCUGGGAGUUUUUCCAGCAACUUCGCACUCAGUCGUCACCCAUAGCAACCAGCUCUGACACCACAGUGACUGACUGCAUUUCUCACAAUCCUCAGAACAUAAACAGGAAAAAAGACGAGGAUGAAACACCGGAUGACAGCGAGACAGGAAGUGACGAAGAGGAAGGGGAGGAGUCAGAGGGAACCGUUUGCAACAAAAUCCUCUCCAUGACGAGUGGAGAGAAAGAAGUGGUCUGGACCCGGGAGGCGGACCGAGCCAUCCUGACCGCUUGUAAGCAGAAGGGAGCCAAUCAGAAAACGUUCAGACAGGUCUCCGCCCACCUGGGAAACAAGACCGCCCAGCAGGUGACAGGGCGAUUCAGACACCUGAUGAAUCUCUUUCAUGUCCAAAAAUCCACCUGCUGUUCCUCAGAGGGCCAGCCAAUCAGCACACAAGAGGGAGCCCUGGACUGAAGGUGUGGCCAAUCACAGACAAGCCUGCAACUUCCUCAGAGGACAUCCUGCAGGGGGCCCUCAGAGGACGUCCUGCAGGGGGGCCUCGGGGGACGUCAGAGGACGUCCUGCAGGGGGCCCUCAGGGGACGUCAGAGGACAUCCAGCAGGGGGAAUAUUCUGUAACAUUCCUUAGAGCUCUCAGGUGGACAUGAGGUUCUUUGAGGUUUCAAUGAUUCUCAAACAUUCUGAUGAUGUUCUUUGUUGACUCGAGAACAUUCCACCUGGGAUGAUACAGAGUUCUUCAUGUUUGUUCUGCUGAUGUUCUAUUCCUGUCGUAGUGAAGGAACGUUUUGAAAAAGGAGGGAGGUGAUGUUCUGGACAGUACUGGUAAAGAAUGAAUGAUGUUCUGCUGAACCACUGAACUUCAUUCUGUUUGUUCUAAAGACUGAAGAACUCAUGUUAUCCUGACAGGAACACACCUCAGUCCUCUAUAUUUAUAUCUAUUAUUUAUUUGUACCUCCUCUGGCCUCAGUUAGACUCCGCCCACUGACUCAGGGGGGUGGGGUCACCAUAAUGUCAUGAAGGACAGAAGAAAAGCAACAAAUGAAGCUGUACUUUGGUUUUCUCUUUCAUGUUUCUUUCUAUUCCAGUUAUCCAUCCUAUCACAGAACCAGGAGGAACAUUAACUUGAUACUCUUUGUGCAGCUCUCAGACAGUGAAGGUCCAGUCUGCUGAUCAGUCUGUGGUUCUCUGUGGCCUUAUGUGUGUUGGUGUGAAAGUUGUGAAGAACAUGCAGAUGUUCUGUUUGAUAGUGAAGAACGUGCCGACACUGUGUGAUAGUGAAGAACAUGCAGACGUUCUGUGUGAUCGUGAAGAACGUGCAGACGCUCUGUGUGAUAGUGAAGAACGUGCAGACGCUCUGUGUGAUAGUGAAGAACGUGCAGACGCUCUGUGUGAUAGUGAAGAACGUGCCGACACUGUGUGAUAGUGAAGAACAUGCAGAUGCUUUGUGAAGGUCUCUUAGAAUGUUUGUUCAUAUCGACGAUGGCUAAAGGUCAAGUGCUUCAAUAAAACAUUUAUUAUAUUUCUAAAACUGGAA